AUGGACAACAUCGCCUUGUCCAAAGCCCUCAUCGUGCUUGCCAACAAUAAAGCAACAUUAAACGGUAUGUUCUUCGUUUCAGGCAAUAAGAAUUCAGCAAAUGAAGUAUUAAUUGCCACAAAGCUAGCAAAGAAGAUGACCAAGUCAAUUUUCAUGAGGCAAAAGAAUGGGAAGAAACUAUUGGACAAUAAAGAAAUUGAAAAACAUGUUAACCGAGACUGCGAUGCUUUGCCUGGCUGA